AGGCAGAGGAGGCCCGGUGCGCCUCAGAGGAGGCCGAGCGCGCCGCCGCGGCCACCCGCAUUCAGGCGGCGUGCCGCGGGCGCCUGGUGCGCCGAGGCCGGGCGGCGGAGGCAGAGGAGGCCUGGCGCGCCGCAGAGGCUGAGCGCGCCGCCGCGGCCGCGCGUAUCCAGGUGGAGGAGGCCAAGCGCAGGGCAGAGGAUGCCGAGCGCGCCGUCGCGGCUGUCCGCAUCCAGGCGUCGUACCGCGGGCGCUCGGCGCGCCAAAGCCAGGCGGCUAAGGUGGCGGAGGACAAGCGCAGGGCGGAGGAGGCCGAGCACGCCGCUGCGGCCGUCCGCAUCCAGGCGUCGUACCGCGGGCGCUCGGUGCGCCGAGGCCAAGCGGCGGAGGUGGCGGAGGCCAAGCGCAGGGCAGAGGAGGCCGAGCGCGCCGCCGCGGCCGUCCGCAUCCAGGCGUCCUACCGCGGGCGCUCGGUGCGCCAGAGCCGAGCGGCGGAGGCAGCCCGCGCGGGGCUGGGCCGUUUGGGCUUGGUAAGGUUUAUUCAUAGCGUUGCGAUGCAAGGCUGCGCGUCCAAUUUCGAUGAGCUGGCGGCUGACUUUGAGCGUCGCCUGCCUGAGGCACAGCUUGUUGCGUGCGACAUGGAGUUGUCAGGAGUCCGCCUUGAGGGAUGCGCUGACAGUGAUUCAGAGACGGCUACGGAGCGGACGGUCAAGUACAGCCGCAUUGCCGAGAAGUAUGCCCCCCUCGAGAUCGGGUUCACCAUGGUCGUCCGCGGGACUUGCGUGACGUACAAUUUCCUCACGCGCCCCAGGGACGAUUACGACAAGGACGAUGGCGCGCUGCGGUUCCUUCGAGAAAAGAGGGGCCUGGACCUUGAUGAAAGCAAGUGCAUCCAGCACGGCGUGCCUUACAACAACAGCGAGGAGGAGGCCAGCGCCCGCCCCGGCGGCGGCGGGCUGCUGCGGCUCUGGAGGGCGCUCUGUGGCGCGCGCGUGCCGCUGGUGGUGCACUCGCCCCUGGACGUCUUCUUCCUGCUGGCCUGCUUCGAGCAGCCGAGACUCUCGCUGCUGACCCCGCGCGAGCUGGCGGCGCUGCUUCGGCGCCGCCUGCCUGCCGGCGUCUACGACACCGCCCACCUCUUCGACGCCAUUCCCGGGGGUCCAAAAGGGUUGAGUGUGCAGGAAGGUUUUGGUCGUCUGUGGGCCACGGGAGGCGCGCUGGAUCGGACCGCGGAGACCAAGGCCGCCUACGGAGACUGGGCCGCUCACGGCAGCUGUUCGAAGGAGCACGAGGCGGGGUACGAUUCCCUCCUGACCGCCCAGCUCUUCAGCGACCUGGCGUCGAUAGCGCCGGAGAAAGUGAAGGAAGGCAGAAACCGCAUGUACCUCCACAUGAGCCCGAACCUCCUUGAUUUCAACGGCAGAGAUGGGGCAGGGAACGGCGGGGAGGCUAGGGAAGGCGACCGAGCAGAACCAGAGCCCGUCGCGGCCGUCGCGGACCGCCUGCUGCGGGGCCUGCUGACGCGCCCCGCCGAGCACUGCGGCAGCUCCGGGAGCGCCUCGACCCGGAGCGGCAGCCCGGAGCCGGCCGAGGCGCGACAGCAGCCUUCCCGGAAGGCGGGCCCGCAGCCAGACUCACCGGAGGGCCGCGACGGCAAUGGCUUCUCGGACGACGACUGGACCAGCACGGAGCAGGCGGCGCCCAGCCCGUGGGAGCACGGCGCUGCCCCGGGGGGGCCCGCACGUGCGCUGUCGCAGGGUGCCCGGCCGCCGCCAGUGGGCUCUCGCCCUGGACCGACGGCGGAGUGCCCCCCGGACGCGGAUGAGCUGCGCGCCCUGCACGAGGCGGCCCUGAGGCAGUUCCUGUCCGACGACGAGCCGCCCGACGCAGGCACAGAGGCCGUGGCCAGCGCGGCCCCCCCCGAGCCCGAGGCCGAGGUCUCCGAGCUGCCCCGCGCACCCAGCGAGGCCGCGCCGGAGCCCGACGCGGCCCGAGCUGGCCGGCUGCUCCGGGGCCUCCUGCGGGCGGGCGGCGGCCCGGGAAGCGCCUCCACCCGGAGCGGCAGUCCAGAGCAGGCGGCACCCCCGCCCGGCGCGGCCUGCUCGCGGAGGAGCUGCGGCAGCCCCGCGAGCGCCUCGACCCGGUGCAGCAGUCCUGGGCAGGCCGGCGGGCACAGACGCUGCUGUGCUCUUAGGCAUCCUAUGGAGUAG